AUGUCCCACAAUUUCCUCCAGCUAAACACGGACAACACUGAAGUUAUUAUAUUUGGGAAAAAGGAGGAGAGACUAAAGAUUGCUACUGCCCUUGAAACCAAGGGGCUGAAAACAAAGGACACGGUUAAAAACCUUAGCGUCCUUAUUGACAGAGGUGUUCCCCACAUCUCAGACAUGAGGAUUGUGCUGCUGGGAAACAGAGCUGCAGGGAGGAGUUCAUGUGGAAACACCAUCCUGGGCAGACAGGAGUUCCAGACUGCAGGAAGAACAGCUGAGUGUGUGAGGAGAGAAGGAGAAACAGCAGGGAGACACAUCACUGUAGUGGAGACUCCAGGAUGGUGGGUAAACUACAUUGUAGAGGACACUCCUAAACAUCAUAAACGAGAGAUUGUCCUCAGUGUGUCUCUGUGUCCUCCAGGACCUCAUGCUGUACUCCUGGUCAUUAGGGUGGAUGGACCAUUCACAGUGGCAUACAGAAGAGCAGUACAGGACCACCUGGAGCUUCUGGGUGAAAGUGUCUGGAAUCACACUAUGGUGCUGUUCAGCUCUGAGGACUGGCUGGGAGACACAAGCAUUGAGCAGCACAUUGAGAGUGGAGGAGAGGCUCUGCAGUGGGUUGUGGAGAAAUGUGGGAACAGGUACCAUGUUUUAGACAACAAUAAGAGUGAUGGUGGCCAGGUGACAGAGCUGCUAGAGAAGAUAGAAGAAAUGGUGACAGUGAACAGUGGCCAUCACUUUGACAUUGAUAACAACAUGCUGAUUACACUGACAAAGAAGAAGAAGGAAGAAAAGAGAAGAGCAGAGCAGAGGAAGAUGAAGGUGCAGAAACAAAGAGAGACUUUCAGAUCAUCACCAGGAGGUGUUCUCCACAUCUCAGACAUGAGGAUUGUGCUGCUGGGAUCCAGAGCUGCAGGGAAGAGUUCAUGUGGAAACACCAUCCUGGGCAGACAGGCAUUCCAGACUCCAAGAAGAACAGCUAAGUGUGUGAAGAGAAAAGGAGAGAGAGAAGGCAGACACAUCACUGUAGUGGAGGCUCCAGGAUGGCUGGCAAACUACACUGUAGAGCAAACUCCUGAACGAGAUAAACAAGAGAUUGUCCUCAGUGUGCCUCUGUGUCCUCCAGGACCCCAUGCUCUACUCCUGGUCAUUAGGGUGGAUAACACAUUCAUACAAGCACACAGAACAGCAGUGCAGGAACACCUGGAGCUCCUGGGUGAGAGAGUCUGGAGCCACACUAUAGUGCUGUUCACCUAUGGGGACUGGCUGGGAGACACAAGCAUUGAGCAGCACAUUGAGAGUGGAGGAGAGGCUCUGCAGUGGGUUGUAGAGAAAUGUGGGAACAGGUACCAUGUUUUAGACAACAAAAAGAGUGAUGGUGACCAGGUGACAGAGCUGCUGGAGAAGAUAGAAGAGAUGGGGAUGGUGAACAAUGGU